AUGUCAUCGAAAGGCUCACGAGAGCGAAAAUUAUUUCAAGAGAAAUCGCUUUAUCCUGUUAUAAACGGGGAAUUUGUACAAAAACUGGGUAGAAACUACUCAAAAAUCGGUCAUACACUAUUAUUAUUAUUAUUAUUAUUAUUAUUAUUAUUAUUAUUAUUAUUAUUAUUAUUAUUAUUAUUAUUAUUAUUAUUAUUAUUAUUAUUAUUAUUAUUAUUAUUAUUAUUAUUAUUAUUAUUAUUAUUAUUAUUAUUAUUAUUAUUAUUAUCACACUGGCCAGCGCUGAUCUGCUGGAUCUUCCUUGGAGGAUAG